AGUCUCUUUGGCCCCCAAUUGGUUUGUUUUUCACCGCUCUCUCUCUCUCUCUCUAAUCGCCGGUGUUCCGGUUCUUCGUCUCAGUUCUCCUUUCUCAGGCGUUGUUCAUCACUUCCGAGCUCCCCCAAGUUGUCAUCUUUCACCGUUUCUCGUUCGCGCUUGUUGGGUCUUCGGACAUCUUCAUUCUGCUGCUCUGUCUUGUUGUUGCUCCCACACGAAUAGAGUGAAAUUGAUGAAAAGCAAGCAUGGAUGAUGAUGAACUUCAUGGAAGCAAUGGUCGGAUGCACAUUGGAGAAGCUCAAGAAUCAAUGCAUCAUGAUCUCCACUAUGGACAUCAUGCUUUGCAAUUGCAACACAUCCACAAUGGAAGCGGUAUGAUCGAUGAUGACCAAGCUGAUGGUGGUGGUAUGAGUGAUGGAGUUGAAAUAGACGGUCCUUCUCACCCUGGCAAUAUAACUGACAAUCGUGGUGAAGUGGUUGACCGUGGUAGUGAACAAGGAGAUCAAUUGACUUUGUCCUUUCAGGGCCAAGUCUACGUUUUCGACAGUGUCUUGCCUGAAAAGGUUCAAGCUGUGCUUCUAUUACUGGGUGGACGCGAAGUACCUCAGGCACCACCUACAAGCUUAGGAGCACCUCAUCAGAACAAUAGAGUAUUGGGUCUACCUGGUACUCCUCAAAGGUUUAGUAUGCCACAGCGGUUAGCUUCUUUACUCAGAUUCCGAGAGAAACGAAAAGAGAGGAACUUUGAUAAGAAGAUUCGGUAUACAGUUCGCAAGGAGGUAGCUUUGAGGAUGCAACGCAAUAAAGGUCAGUUCACAUCUGCCAAGUCCAACAAUGGUGAAGCUGCAUCUGAUGGAUCUAACUGGGGGACUAAUGAAACAUGGGAUAUAGAAGAAGGUAGCGAGGCUCAGAAUCAAGAAACCUCAUGUCGGCACUGUGGAAUUGGGGAGAAGUCAACUCCAAUGAUGAGGCGUGGACCUGAAGGGCCAAGAACACUUUGCAAUGCAUGUGGACUUAUGUGGGCAAACAAGGGUGCUCUUAGAGAUUUAUCCAGAGGAUCUCCUCAAACAGCCCAAAAUCUUGCGAUAAAUAAGAAUGAAGAUGCAAAUCUUGAGGCUGGUCAGAUGAUGGUAACAGUAGCCAAUGACAUAAGCAACUCACAGUGAGAACACUUUCUCUUAAACGCAGAGAAAGAUCUCAACAGAGUCUUUUAUCAUUUCCUUUUAGAGAAUCUGAUUCGAUUUAGGUUUAUCCGGAUUUGAUCAGUGAACAAUGUAAUAUAGGUGAUAAUGAUCUGCCGUGUUUGGUUAUCUUUUUCUGAUUCAGAAUGCUUCUUGGUAAACUGUUGUUGGCAUUGGUCUCUACUAUUAUAGUCUGAUGUAAUGUUGCUGGCUCUGUUAAAUGAGUAUCUUUAUUUAACAUGGUU